CAUGGUUUUGUUUGGAGAGAAAAAAAACUUCUGCCACCACGUUAAGAAUUUAAGUAAAUAGUCUGUAUGGAGGUAAAUAUAUUGACUAUAUAUUUUCAGUGACACAACUACUAACCGACCUGUGAGACAAUCGACAGUUUCACUUAAAUGUCAGGACCUUAAAAAGUCACUAAAGAUGCCGCUUUUUGGAAACACAUUCAGUCCGAAGAAGACUCCACCUCGCAAAUCUGCAUCCCUGUCCAGCCUUCAUACGUUGGAUCGCUCAACAAGAGAAAUAGAGCUGGGCCUUGAAUAUGGACCUCCUGUGAUGAACAUUGGAGGUCAGAGCUGGAAAUUUGAAGAGGGACAGUGGAUAACAGAAUCUGGUGGGAAUGCAUCUGGUAGGGAAUUGCAGCGACUUAAGAAAAAAAAUGUGCAACUAGAGGAGGAAAACAACCUCCUGAAACUAAAGAUUGAAAUCCUUUUGGACAUGUUGACAGAGACGACAGUAGAGUACCACCUGAUGGAGAAAGAAGUGGAAGAUAUAAAGACUCAACAUCGAAGGAAGAAAUGACAGAUCGGAUCUAAUGCCUCCAUCAAAGGAAAUGUUCUUGAAGUGAAUUUAUCUCUUUUUGUAUUCUGUAUUCAGAGACAGUUUGAAGUUUGUUGGUGUGUAAAAGAAAAGUUGGUUUGUUUUGUCUUUUUGUUUUUUUGCUUGAAGGUCUCUGCCCUGCUUGUAUUCAUUUUAAAAGCAGGUACUGUUGAAUCAGAUUUAGUGACUACUUUUAUUUAUUUGUUCUGUCCUGCAUUUGUUUAAUUAGAUCUCCAUAAACCUGAAACAAGUGAAACAUCACGUUUUGUCAAUACACAGCAUAUUUUCUAUGACUUUUACAUUUGUAUGGCAAGUAUGGUCUGACAUUUCUUUUUAAGACUUUUUGUAUUAAGACUGAAAAUAAAAUCCAUC